CGUGCUUCUUCUAAGCUGAGUUCAGUUGUUGCUGUGAGGAGAUGGAGUGUUGCUGCUUGUGGGAAGGUAUAAUAUUAUUGCAGAGUUGCCUGAGAUGUGAAUAGCAUUGCUUUCCCUGCACACAAAUCCUGCAAGUCUGGACGAUGCCUAUGUCCUCAGUGGAAUAAAACAUUUCCCUUCCAGGACAGAGCACCUGAUGGUAGGUGACUCCAACAGUACAGCAGCAUCUUUUUCAGUCACUGAUCGGCUCUCUAGUUGUAAUAAGAUGAGAAGGAUUCCAGAAGUUUGUCUGCAGUGACGACAGAUAAUGAAUGGAGAAAUAGUGGGAGUCUGACAAGUAAUAAUCACUGAGAGCAGCAAUCAAGGCACCCUGAGAAACAACUAGUGAUGAAUCUUCCAUCCGUGUGCAUCCUGUGCGUGAUCUUCCCUACAUAUCUCCAGUCAGCGUCUGAAGGAAUUUGCAGGCCAGGCUGUCAUUCUAAAAAUGGAUUUUGUGUGCAUCCUGGAGAAUGCAGGUGUCACUCUGGCUGGAAAGGGCAGUUGUGUGACCAGUGUGUACCUUUUCCUGGCUGUCUUCAUGGCACCUGUACAAAGCCCUGGCAAUGUAAUUGUGAGGAAGGAUGGAUCGGCAGCCACUGCAACAUUGAUAUCCACCCGUGUGCUGCACUUCCCUGUUCCAGUAACUCCACCUGCAUUGAAACUGGCAAUGGCGGUUACAUAUGUCUUUGUGCCCCAAAUGAUACCGGAAAUAAUUGUCUUGCUAAAAAAGGACCGUGCAUUAGACAAGGGUCUCCUUGUCAGAAUGGAGGGACUUGUGUAGAUGAGAAUGGCUUUGCUACCCGUGCCUCUUGCCAAUGCCCUGCUGGCUAUGUGGGUAAUUACUGUGAAGCAAAUGAAGAUGACUGCAACCGCAACCCUUGUGCGAAUGGUGGAACGUGCUUUACUGAUGGCCCAGGCUUUCAUUGUCAAUGUCCAUUUGGGUUCAGUGGACAGAUUUGCACCAAUAUCCGCCCAACAAUCUGUAGUAGUAGUCCCUGUGUCAAUGGUGGCACAUGUUACGAGAAGCUGGGUGGAUUUCACUGCACAUGUCUUCCUGAAUACACAGGGUCUACCUGUGCUUUUGUUUUUAAAAAUAGUGACCAUGAGGAUGUCCACGGCUAUUAUUUUCAAUCAUACCACAAGCCUGUCCAACACCAAGGUCACAAAGUCCUGAAGAUCACAAUGAAGGAGACCAUUCACACCAUGGACCCUUUUCUCAGUAGAAGCCAGAUCAUCUGCUUUAUUGUCCUGGGUCUACUUACAUGCCUCAUCGUCCUUAUCACCACUGGAUUUGUCUUUUUCUCCAAAUGGGAGAUGUGGCUAGCUAAUGCAAAAUACAGCCACUUGAUUCGGAAGAAAAAAGAUUUCUAUAUCAAAUCCAAAAGGGCAAGGGGUAAUGGUGUAAAAAUAAUUUUCCCAGAAGGAAUACAAAUUGCAAACUCUAGCCAGAGUUAUACUGAUAUUUAAGCCUGAGCAUGAAAUGGGAUCUGAAAUGUGGAACCUCGCUGCUUUGUCCAAUGUUCCCUCUCUGCAACAGCCUCUAUUUUGGCACAAAAAGGUUCAAAGUUGACUGGCAACUUCUGUACUGUCAGGAGAAUGUGUACUAUUCCAAAUACACCUCACAGGGAAUCUACAUUUAUGCCUCUUGUAUCAGCAAAAUGAUUUAUUACUCAUGAUAGAAUAGAAAUGAGUGCACAGUGCUUUUAUAAAUAUACAUUUCUGCAGCGGGGUACACUGGUAUUCCACAGGAAAUAACA